AUGGGACACACAAUCACAGCAUUGGAUAUCAAGAUUAACGAGUUUUUGAAUAUACCAUACGCUGAGCCGCCAAUCGGAAAGCUUAGAUUUUCGCCGCCCCUACCCCUCAAAACACCUAAACAUGUUAUAAUAGACGGCACAAAACCAGGCAAUUAUUGCAUUCAAUCGGCGAUAGGUUUUGGCGGUAUUAAAACAUUUGUACCGCAAAGCGAAGACUGUUUAGUAUUAAACAUAUGGACACCAAAUGUGAACAAUAGUAACGCCAAGCAACCGAAGGGGGCGUUAAAAGCGGUGAUGUAUUCGCUAUACAGCGGAGGGUUAAGUAUUGGUUCAAUAUUUCAAGACUUUUACAACGGAGAUGUGUUGGCCACCAAUGAUGUGGUGGUGGUGUCGGCCAACUAUAGGGUCGGGCCGUUGGGCUUUCUCUACGGCUCGGACGACACGGCGCCCGGAAAUGUUGGCUUUUAUGACCAGUUGUUAGGACUUAAAUGGGUUAGACAAAACAUACACCAAUUUGGUGGAGAUAAAGAUAAGAUUACUAUAUUUGGGUUUAGCGCCGGCAGUUGGUCGGUGUCGGCGCACAUACUCUCCCCGCUAUCCAAAGGCAUGUUUAAAAGGGGUGUUAUGUCCGGCGGAGCCCUGAUGUUCAACAGAGACCGACCGGUGCUCAACACCACUGAAGCGCUUCAAAAAGCCAAACAAUUGGCCAAACGAUUGAAUUGCACCCAAAGUGACAACAAAUGGUCGUUGAAUUGCAAUGAAAGGGACAAUAAAUGGUUAGACUGUUUGCGGACAAUAAAGGACCCGAACGUAUUCAUCGAGCGGUCCAAUUCUACCAUGGUGGUCACUCAUCCAGUUUUUGGCACCAAAUUUCUACCAUUAAUACCGCAAAAAGCAUUUAAAACUGGUCAAUAUAAUUCUGAUGUGGAAAUACUAGCCGGAACGGCCAAAAAUGAGGGAUCAGUACUGAGCCGAUGGGUAAUACCGGAGCUGAAAUACGCGAUAACUGAGCGCCAGUUCCGGGCGUUUGUAAACGUAGUGAACAAUGAAUUUCAUAACAUAGAUGUGGACAAAGUGUCCGAAUAUUAUCUCAGAGGUGUUCACAAAAGCGACUCAAAGCAACUCAAGUCGGCGUUUGAGGCGUUGUUUGGCGAUUUGGUGAUGACGUGUCCCACCAAACCACACGAGGAUUGGCCACAAGUUUGGGAUAAAUCUGUGAUUCGUGUGAAAGACUUGAGUCCAAACGAUAUGACACUUAUUCUCGAGAAUCCAUACGAGAGAACAUGUGAUGGCAUUUGGAAACAAUAUUUUUGA